AUGGCAUAUGAUCCCUCUUUUCAGCAACCGACCCUACUCGGGCGAGCCAAGUAUACGGCGCCAUAUACUUCCCGGUCAUCAAAGCCUCGACCGCCUUCACAAACUACCGAAAUCUUCGAUACCGACUUUGAGUCGGAUUACGAUGAUGAUUCCGACUACUUCGAUGAAUCGCCUAGAAGAAGCGUUGGAUCUUUGGCCGCGGACAGUGUAACCACCGUUUCGACCAGGGACGUCCGCACUCCUGAGUCCCAUGGUCUAGCUAGAUACAGUGACGCAGGGUCGGUUCGAGGACCAAAUGGACCGCACUUGUUUCGUGCCUCGAUGGAUUCGACCGACUUUAAGUCCACCAUGGAAGUCGACCUGGUGCUUGCCAAGACGCCGACCACUGCAACAACUUUCUUCGACAACUCCAGUGUUAGGCCAAGUGAUAUGACUACCCCCUAUAUGACAACUCCAUACACAAGCACUUCCUAUACCAGUCAAUCAACUGGAGAACCUAUACGUAGGGGAUCAGCAGCUUCUAGCUGGGAAGACACCGUCCGAGGCUGGUCCCCCGAAGAUGUCGUUUCAUGGAUGCGGAACGAAGGAUUCGACGAUGGUGUUGUUAACAGGUUUCUUGUCAAUGACAUCUCGGGGUCAAUCCUUCUUGAGUUACAACCCGAGGACUUGAAAGAGCUUGACAUUCAAUCUUUCGGCAAACGCCGUCGGUUGAUGAACUCUAUCCAAUACCUUAAAAACAGUGCUAGAAACAGCACAGGGGAUCUCAACGACUCUGGCAUGUCUAGUGGGUAUACUUCGAGUGGAUAUAGCUCAACAAGUGAGGAUGAGAAAGGUCCUGCUUCCCCAAGUCACUGUCCUCGUGACGCAGACCGGCCAGCUCACAAGGCGGAAGACAUCCGCCCUGGUGAUUCAGCAUCCAUAGUGGCAAUUGAACAACUACUCCCCAAAGAGCACAAGUGUUCCAAGGGGGAAAAUUGCCGCAAGUGGCAAAGACAACAACUCAAGCUCGCACGCCUUGCAGAGGACUUACCCAAGGAUAGUGUCCACCACGGCAACGCUAUUCUUGCAGGCGACCCUGGCAACCCAACCACUGCUCCCAAUCUGAUGCGAGGCUACAAGCCGGAUGCAGUACCUUCUGUUGUAGCCUCUUCUGACUUGCUUGGUUCUCAACAAGCCCCCCAAUUCCACCUGAGCCAGGAGAAGCUCAGUGGAAUGAGAUCUCGUGAUCCGCAAGAAAGUGUUCGACAGUAUCUCAAUUUUCAACACUUAAGCAAACUGCAACCAGUCAGUGACGCUGCUACUCCUCCUCAAGAGGUGUCACCGGAUUCCUACAAAACAAGUCCAACCCUGGCUGAAAACUUACGCACGCUUCCAAAACUUACCAUCCCAAACGCACAACAGCAUGCGUCGAAGCUCUCGGCUCUACGGACAAUCACACCGUCCAUCCUUCAGAAUCCACCAGUCUUUUCUCACGAGACCCAACAUUAUGCUUAUAACCAAAUGGGAUCACCAGGCGACUUCUACAGAUCGUCAGGUGAAUACUACAACGCUGGUGAUGAUGUCUACCGUCAAGGUACCCCGUUUUCUGAAAUGGAUGUUCCUGUAACUGCGAUUCCAGCGGGUCCCAUUGCUCGGGAUAUCACUCAGUCUGUUCCUCCCAAUAUGCGGUUUGGUCAUGCUCGCAUGGUUGCCGAGCCUAUUGUCCGUCCGGGCUCUACAAAAGCAGAAUACCAACGUAAACCCCCUGCCAUCAACACUCACGGCCUACAAUCUCUGGGUCGCGUGGAGGAAGGGAGGGUGGCUGUCAUUGAGCGACCAGAGGACCUGCACUAUACUCCGCAGGGCAUUCAAACGGCGUAUGACGCUGCGCACAGCGGUUGGAUGAAGAAGCGCAAAACCACUCGUUUACUUCGCCACGAAUGGGAGGACCAUCACUUUACCUUGAAGGGUACCCAGCUUGCUAUGUUUGAAAGUGAGCGAGACUCUCACCGCGACUCCAAGGCUCUUGAAUACAUUGAUGUCGAUGACUAUGCCGUCGCCUGUUCCUCACUAGCCUCUAACUCCAAACUUACUGCUGCCUUCAAGAAGACGGUUCUGAAGCGUAAUAACGGUCCUCUGGACGAUGCUGCAUUUGCCUUUUCAUUAAUCCCUUCAGCCAAUGGAAAAGACUCGGGCGCUGAGCGCAAGGCUUUUUUCAUGAACAAUGGAAAGUCACAUCACUUUGCUGUCAAGACCAGAGACGAUAGGAUUGACUGGAUGAGAGAAUUGAUGCUCGCCAAAGCUCUCAAACGAGGGCGAGAAAGCGGCGAAUCGAUCCAAAUUAACGGAAAUAUGUUCUAG